UCCUCGCCCACUCUCAAACCCGGAAAGCAAAACAAGCGUUUUGAAGACGCACACCAUUGCAAAUACUUGAGCGAGGGAAAUGGCUUAUCAUCUCUGCUCCUCACCCUCCUCUCUCUUCAAUGACCGCCAACCUUUCGGCAGCUCUCUGUCCUCAUCACGAAAACCCAUUCUCAGAAGCUUAACGUUUUUUUUCAAGCCGAGUCCUCUCCAACCUCAGCCUAAAACCUUGUUCCAAAUAAGACAUGUUUCUUCUAUACAAGACCCAAUCCCACAAGAAACCCAGAAGGCAAGUCCCUCGGAAGACUCAAAUACUAAAUACCCAGAUGGAAAAUCUGGGUCCUCAUCCAGAAGCUACGUCUGGGUCAAUCCCAAAAGUCCCAAAGCAUCACGGCUUCGGCAACAUUCCUACGAUGCAAGGUACGCUUCUCUUGCGAAAGUGGCUGAGUCUUUGAAUUCAUGUAAUCCAAAUGAGGAAGAUGUUGCUGAAGUUCUGGCGGCUUUAGGAGAUAGAAUUUUGGAACAAGAUGCUGUGAUUGUUCUUAAUAACGCGAUGAACCCAGACACCGCAUUGCUUGCACUGAGGUACUUUCAGCAGAGGUUGAAACCAAAUAGGGAAGUGGUUCUUUAUAAUGUGACCAUUAAGGUGUUUAGAAAGUGUAGGGAUUUGGUUGGAGCAGAGAAGCUGUUUGAUGAAAUGCUUGAGAGAGGGUUAAAACCUGAUAAUGUCACGUUCUCGACUCUGAUUACCUGUGCUAGGAUGUGUUCUUUGCCAAAUAAGGCUGUGGAGUGGUUUGAGAAGAUGCCUACUUUUGGGUGUGAUCCCGAUGAUGUUACCUACUCUGCUAUGAUAGAUGCCUAUGGACGGGCUGGUAAUGUUGAUAUGGCUUUGAGUUUGUAUGACCGAGCUAGAACUGGAAAGUGGCGCAUUGACCCAGUGACAUUCUCGACAUUGAUUAAAGUGUAUGGGGUGUCAGGAAAUUUUGACGGGUGCUUGAAUGUUUUUGAAGAGAUGAAGGCUCUUGGUGCAAAGCCUAACUUGGUUAUAUAUAAUACUUUGCUGGAUGCUAUGGGAAGAGCUAAAAGGCCUUGGCAGGCGAAAACCAUUUACAAGGAAAUGAUCAACAAUGGAUUUUCCCCGAGUUGGGCAACAUAUGCAUCUCUCUUACGGGCUUAUGGUAGAGCUCGAUAUGGUGAAGAUGCGCUUAGUGUGUACAAGGAGAUGAAGGAGAAGGGGAUGGAGUUGAAUGUAGUUCUCUACAAUACACUUUUGGCCAUGUGUGCUGAUGUUGGCUAUGUUGAUGAAGCUGUCAAGAUUUUUGAAGAUAUGAAGAAUUCUGGGACUUGCAAGCCUGACAGUUGGUCAUUUUCCUCCUUGAUUACGAUACAUUCCUGCAGUGGAAAAGUCUCAGAGGCAGAGGCAAUGUUGAAUGAAAUGUUGGAGGGGGGUUUUGAGCCAAAUAUUUUUGUCUUGACAUCACUAAUUCAAUGCUAUGGAAAAGCCCAGCGUACCGAUGAUGUUGUUAGGACAUUCCAUCAGCUCUUGGAGUUGGGAAUUACUCCAGAUGAACGCUUCUGCGGUUGUCUUCUGAAUGUGAUGACCCAAACACCUAAGGAAGAACUUAAUAAGCUUACUGAUUGUGUCAAGAAGGCUAAUUCAAAGCUUGGCCAUGUGGUAAAGCUCUUGUUAGAGGAGCAAGAUAGUGAUGGAGAGUUUAAAAAGCAAGCUUCAGAACUCUUUGAUUCGGUUAGUCUGGAUGUAAGGAAGGCUUACUGCAAUUGCUUAAUUGAUCUCAGUGUAAACCUAAAUCUGUUGGAGAGAGCAUGUGAGCUACUAGAGCUGGGGCUUACACUUGAGAUAUACACAGAUAUACAGUCCAGGUCCCCAACCCAGUGGUCUCUACAUCUAAAAGGUCUCUCUCUUGGGGCAGCUCUCACCGCAUUACAUGUUUGGAUAAAUGAUUUAUCCAAGGCCGUGAAAUGUGGGGAGGAGCUUCCUCCAUUGCUUGGAAUCAAUACUGGACAUGGGAAACACAAGUACUCAGAUAAGGGUUUAGCGACUGUGUUUGAGACACAUUUGAAGGAACUCAAUGCUCCGUUCCAUGAAGCUCCUGAUAAGGUUGGCUGGUUUUUGACUACAAAGGUCGCUGCCCAGUCAUGGUUGGAGUCUAGAAGUUCGCCUGAAUUAGUUGCUCCAUAGGUGUCUUGCUCAUAAUGGUCUGGCAUUAUGGGAACUGCUCUUCUCAUUGACAUGUAAUGCCUAGAAAUGGUAUUUCCUGCUUCAAAAUGCCUCUUUUAUUUGUUCAUUUUAUCACUCUCUAGUAAGAGAACAAUUUUUUUUUAUAUUAGACAAUGAAAUCUAUUUAUACUUUGAUGUCUUAUGGAAGCACAGAAGUUUUUAAGAA